AAUCGUAAACAACGCGGUCUGUUCGCGGGUUGUGGUGUGCUUUUAACAGUUUCAACGAAUUAAUUUUCUGUUUUAUUACAUUAUAUUUAAGUAAAAAUUAAUAUCCGGAAGUGAUUCAUCUUUUUGCGGAGGUAUUCAUCCUCCCAGGUGUCAUUUUUUCUUGAAAGAGCGCUGAUGUUUUGAAGACCUGCAAUCACAGACAAUCUAUGUUGGUCAAAUCUUUGGGCUCCUUCAACAGGAUAUAUAAACACUUUAAAAGGUGUAAUAUCAAGGAUAGAACAUCGUGUGCAAGUUAUCUGCUGUACUCCAAAACAAAAUAUCUUAUUGAAAGUAACGCAACUUUUUCAAUGGCUAGUCAAGAAGACCCUGUCAAUAUUAAGACAGAAGACCCUGUCAACAUUAAUACAGAAGACCCUGUCAACAAUAAGACAGAAGACCCUGUCAAUAUUAAGACAGGCGAUCCAACUGUCGAAAUGAAUGUUGAUGUCCCAGCAACACUUCCAAGUAAUGGAAGUCGUUCACCCAGUCCAAGCGGUAAAAUUAAAAAGCAAAAAAAUUUUGGAAAUUCAAACAAAAUGAAGAAACACACCCAUGAGAGAGAUAUUUCCGUCCAGCAUUUUUCAACUGAUGACAUGAUAAAAAUAUCCCUGGUAAUGUUCAGUGAUUUUAUUGCAAGUCACACUCAGAAGGCAAUUGAAAAGCCUCAAGCAGAAAACGCAGAGGAACCUGGCGAAAAGAAGCACGUUGAGGUGCAGUGCUCCGAAAAUUGGGGGGACUCCAUGUUUGUGUACGACGUUCCUCAAGAUGAAUCCACGCUCGAAAGUGACGGACCUGUAACCAAAAAUGAGUCUGGUGAAGCUGGGAAUACAUCGGCUGCUCAUGAUGGCGACCCCACAGGAGAUCAGGUCGGCGACAAAGAUGUAGCUGUGCAGCCUGUUUGCGACAAACGGAAAGCAACCGAAGAUCCAGAAAAUAAGGAGCUGAAAAGGGCUAAAUUAGAAACCAAGGCUUUAAAAGCGAAAAGGCCUGGUUUCACGGACGAGAGGUACAACGAAACCUCGUAUUAUAUUGAAAAUGGUCUCCGCAAAGUGUAUCCUUACUAUUUCACAUUCACCACCUUCACGAAAGGCCGAUGGGUUGGCGAAAAAAUCCUCGACGUCUUUGCCCGAGAAUUCAGGGCUCAUCCCGCCGAAGAAUACGAACGGUGUAUACGGAGUGGUUCCCUCACCGUUAAUUAUGAAAGGGUGGACGUUGACUACAAACUCAAACAUAACGAUCUUCUCGCCAAUGUCGUUCACAGGCACGAGGUACCGGUGACGGCUGACCCUAUAUCGAUAGUGCAUAUGGACGAAGAUGUGGUGGUGGUCAACAAACCUGCCUCCAUUCCUGUUCACCCAUGUGGACGAUACAGGCACAAUACUGUUGUGUUCAUCCUAGCGAAGGAAUAUAAUUUGAAAAACCUCCGGACGAUCCAUCGGUUAGACCGUUUAACCAGUGGUCUCCUCAUGUUCGGCCGAACGCCGAAGAAAGCCAGGACUAUGGAGCAGCAAAUUAGAAACAGACAAGUUCAAAAGGAGUACGUUUGCAGAGUAGAGGGGCAGUUCCCAUGUGAAACGAUAGAAUGCGAUCAACCAAUUGAAGUUGUCAGUUACAAAAUAGGUGUGUGCAAAGUAUCAGAAAAAGGGAAAACCUGUUCGACUACAUUCAAACUGUUAGGGUACCAUGCACCCACAAACACAAGUGUUGUAUUGUGUCUCCCUCACUCUGGUCGGAUGCAUCAAAUUAGGGUCCAUCUUCAAUUUUUAGGGUAUCCAGUCGUGAAUGAUCCACUCUAUAAUCAUGAAGUUUUUGGACCAUUAAAAGGCCGUGGAGGCCUGAUUGGGAAAACUGACUCGGAACUUGUAAGAGAUCUCAUUCGGAUUCACAAUGCUGAGAAUUGGCUGGGAGUCGAUGCCGAUCUGUCCAUGUUAGAUGAAGACUUAGGAUCUCCGAACAAUAAAUGUUUGAGCCGAGAGCCUUCUCCAUGUGAAGUCACUCCAUCUUCACCUCCCUGCCUUUCUACUAGUUCAAUUCCUCUCUAUGCUAAUAAUAAUAAUGGUAUCUGUAGCAUAUCAAGAAAAAAAGUAACUGUUGCCACGCAGACAGGCCAUGAAGCACCGGAUUUAAGUUUUGAUGCAGAAAAAUUGACAACGGAUCCUCAUUGUUAUGAAUGCAAAGUUAGGUAUAGAGAUCCAAAGCCUCAAGACCUAGUAAUGUUUCUCCAUGCAUGGAAAUAUCGGGGUCCUGGCUGGGCAUAUCAAACUGAACUUCCUGACUGGGCUAGAAUUGACUGGACAGAAUCUGUCGAUUGAUAAUCAAAUUUCUCACGAAAGUUGUCUUCAACAAAUCAACAAUUCAUUGUGUUAUAAUGACAAGGAAUGUAUGCUGUCAAACAUUUCCAAGUUUUUCUAAGUUAAAUUUGCUUACAGGCUGGAUAUCAUUUUGUUGAUUGCAAAGUGAGCACCCUUUUUCUGUCCUCUCACCUCUUAGAUUUUUUCAGAGGUUUAUUUGUAUGUUGUAAAUCUUACAACACAAUGUUUUUAUUUAUGUCUGCCAGAUGAUUGUAAGUAAAAUGGGUACCAUCCAUCACAUGAAGAAGGCAAAAAUUAACAUGAUAUUGAAAUUUGCUUAAUAUUCCUCCAGGGUCGUUCCACGCCAAAGCAGGCCAAAAUAGAGGUUUUUUUACCUAAUUUAACUUGGCAUAACCCUCCACCAAGUAAAAUGAGCUAUUAGAAUUCAUGCAGAUUUUGGAAUUCUGCUUGGUUUAUUUUUUCUAAAUUUAACAACUUCAAAGUGUAAUCGCGUUUACAAAGAAAUUAUUUUCCAUUUUGUGUUGGUUAUCUCACACAUUCCGCUCAGUGGCAUGCGUGGUUGAUCUCUCUCUAUAAAAUGAAUUACAUAUUUUUACCUUUUUUUGGCAUCAAACUUUAACCCAAAAUUAUAUCAAAUUUGAUGAGUCAUCAAAGAAAUCAAUGAAUAAUUAUAUCUUGCCAAAACGGUCUAAAAGAAUUUAAAUUUAUGAAUUAUCGUAAUGUCCCAUACUUUCUUCCAGGUACAAAUCCAGCUUACUAAAUUGAUCACUUGUUUUAGAUUCUUGAGUCUUAUUUCCGCAGCAUGCUCUCCCCUGAAGCCAUUCUUGAAACCAGUGCUAGGUUUUUAAUGUCUUGUUGGACUAAGAACAAAUAACAGAUCACUCGUUUGGUUUGAACAUGUCUUAAUUUGCAAUCAACAAAACUGAUGGAUAUCAGAUCAAAGGUUUAUAUUUGAAUUCGUUUAGGUUAAGUGACAUGAUCAGAAGAAGACGCAAAAAUUGAAUCCGGUAGUUAAACUUUUUAAAACACAUUUUAAAAGUUUUUUUUAAAAAAAAAGUAUCGCAGGUUAUGUAUCAUUAUAACUGGUAUGAUCGUCAGCAUGUUAUAAUGUGUAAGUUUUAACUCUUUCAAUUAAGUAAUAAUGAGCUUUAAAUUUUUGGAAUGUUCAGUCUCAUAUUUUUUUUUAAUCUUUUUAGGUCUCUUAUCUUUUACGAAAUUUUGCUUGUUAUGUUGUAAAACCAAUUUUGUUUAUAAUGAAAAUUUUAUUCGAUAUUUGUUCGCAAAAAUUCCUUUUUUAAAGUUUAGAAAUUUUUAAAGUGGGGUACUUUUUUAAAUUCAGUAGAAUUAUUUAAAUUAAUUCCUCUUUUUUCCACAAAUUAAUAGUUGUGCUUGUAGUUUGUCAUAUCGCUGAUACUUACUGAUAGGUUUCUUUCUUUAAGAGCUUUUUACCCGAUUCUUUUGUCUGUUUGUCCUUAGCAAACGAUUCAUACUUAUUAGCUCCAAAUAGGAUCCUCCAAAGUCUCAGGAUGUGGACUGCAGCUGGAAGCUGCUUAGGAUAACUUCAUAGGAUGUUCCAAGAGUUUUGUCGUCAAUCCUAACUUUAUUAAACAAAUACAGUUAGCAAAAUACGGAUUCGACCUUCUUAACAAAGAGAGAAUAAAAGACCUAAAAUUUCAAUAUCUAAUGAAUAUUUUAUAUUCAAUGACUUUUAAAAAUUUCGUAACAAAUACUAUUUAAGUUAUUUUUGCUAAGCAGCAGAUUAUCUCCUAUAUGAACAAUCCAUCACCAAGGCUUGCUAUUAUUCCUGUUUCGAGGAUUCCACUCUAACCAUACGAACCUCAAUUAUCUAUGCUUAAAAGUAGCUUUUGUUAACUGAGAAAGGAUCUCAAAAUUCCAAUUGUCCAAGAGCCCUCUCAAGAAGAUGCAGGCUACAGCAGGGAUUGAAAACGUGUAAGAAAUUCUGCGUUUAUCAUGGUAAAUUGUUCAAUGUAGCAACGGGACUCGUCAGAAUUUUUGAAAUACUACUCUCAAAAUCUUUAUGAUCAAGUUUUAGGAUACAUUUUUAAGCGAUUUGUAGUUUUCCUUUUCUUUGCCAAAAACAGGCAUUUCCUGCAAUCAAAAUUUAAUAUUAUUUUUCAUUACAUGGGGAAUUUGUUGAUCAAAAAGGUUAUUAAGCUCUGAGGUCUUGCAUAGGAAUGAGUGAUUCAACUCCCAAAAUAAUUUAGAAUAAUUAAAAGUUUUAUCGAAUUAUUUGCAACCAUACCUAUUAUUUAUUUUUAUAGUAUUAAUCACCAAGUGAUGAAAAUAAUCAUUGUAAGUUGGUCUGCAUUUGCGACAGAGUGAAUUCGAUUCACUGUGCUCGAAGUUCUCGUAGAUCUAAGCGAAAUUUUACUUUUGAUUGUCUGACAAUUGUGCCUAAAUGGGUUCCGUUCAAUCAGAAUCAAUAAUGGGACUUUGGACCCCAAAAUGAAUGCAAGAUUUUCAUUUUUCCUGCUUGCAGGUUUCAUCAAAAAAUCAUCCUUUUCAAUUUCUUUCUUUUUAUCAUUGAUAAUCAAUAGUUUCUAAGCUUCUUUUCCUCCGUUUAGUUUAGUUAUCCCAUUCUUUGUUUUACUUUAUUUGUUAUUUGAUUUUACUGUAUGAUGAAAUAUUGUGAUAAAUUUUUGUUAAGUGCAGCCUCUUAUGGUCACUGAUGAUAAAUUGAAUGUCAAAUGUUCGUGAACUCUAGUAAUUUUCCAUCCUCUUACGUCCAUGCUCUUAACUGACAUUGCAUGUUUACUUAAGUUAAGUUUUGUCAAAAUUUUCUCUUCAAUAAUCAUUAUUACUGCAUAGAACUUUCCUCUUGGAUGAAUCUUAAGAUUAUUUGAACAAACCUUUCAAGGAAUGUGACUUAUCUAACUGCAAAAGUGAUAGCACAAAAAUGCUCCCACCAAAUUAAUCUCAGUGUAGUAAUUUAUGAGACUAUCAUGGAUUUGUGCAUCAGGAGUUUGGACGUCCCUUUCUUUAGAGGCAUUACUUAGAGUGAUACUUUCACUAAAUGUAAAAGUAAUUCUUUUUUUAAAAUUUUUCUUGAACUUUUUGUUUUAAAUACGCAAGAUACACCUCUCUUUAUAUAUUUUUUUUUUUUUUUAAAUGUUAAUCUCAAUUGUCAUUUUUUAUUCCCACCAUCAGUUUUUCAAUUUCUCAAGAGGUUUAUCUCAUGAAUCAAUCGUUUGAUGAGCUUACCAAAAAAUUUAUGUUGCACUCUCUUGAAUAUCAUUUGAAUUAAUCAUUUGUCAAAACCCAGGUACCUAUCUGAGAGAAGUCUCUGAAGAAUUGCUGCUAGAAAUUAAUUACUUCUAGAAACAGAUCAAUGCUUCAUACAAAAUUACUUUGUCCCAUUAAUUAUAGUUUACGUAAUGAAAAUUUAAUAUUUUCUAUUACUUCAGAGAUAGUUAUUUUUUCAUCUUUAUUAAAUCCAUUGUAUUGGUGCCCUGCCGUAAGUUUUAAACCCAACAAUAGAUGAGAUAGCUACCAUAUUUUUGGGCACCUACUUCUCAAAAGACCUUUUCCAAUCUUAUGAUUUAAGAGGAAGAAAGUAUUAGAGAUGUUAUUCCUACAGAAUAACAUUUAUGACGUGAUAGUUAAUAGCUACCAAUGCAAAAAAGUAGAGUGUCCUUUAAAGUUUUUGUCUGAGUAAUUUUUUUUUAUAUUUUAUUCUAUUUUUUUGUUAUAAACUAUAAUGAAAGUAGAACCUUUGUAAAAACCACAUUUUGUAAUAUUUUUGCUCUUGAACCUGAACUAAAAUAGCUGGUACGUCAUGAUUCUGAUGUACUGUUACUGUGUAAAAAUGAUUGUAAAGUGUGUAUAGGCACCUAGCAUCCUGAACCAGCAAAGCUUUGCAGGUUCCUAAUUAAAGAAGAAUAAAAGUUAUUUUUUGUCUAAAACUUGAA